ACCCUGACGUUAACGACUUGCCGCAGAGCUCCUCGUCACACGCUUCCCCGUCUCCUCGUCGUCUCCUCGCGGCGGCGGCGGCGGCGGGGGUGCACCAGAUCUGGAAUCCGCCGCCGCAGCGAGGGAUGGCGAUGCUCCAGGGCGGUGCCGCCUUCGCCGCCUCCUCCUCCUCCUCGUCGAAGCGACGGAACCAGCAGCGUAGGCAGCGGCGGAAACGCGCCGCCGCGAGGAAGAAGCGGGGAGCCCUUGCCUCAGAGAACACUGAAGAGGAGCACGCUGAUACUCGAGGAUGCCAGCCUGACAUGUCUAUUAACAAGUCCGAAAACGAAGAUGCCUUGUCAACUCAGGAAGAUUUGCCCCGGAAAUCAGGUCAUAAUUUGGAAGCAGUGGAAGCAGAUUCGUGCGUUGAAUCAGUAAAUGGUGCCUCCAAUCAGUUGGUGUAUUCUGUUGGGAAUAACAAUCAGGAGUGCCCAGAAGCGAAGAACACUAGGCCGGCAGGGAUUUCGCAACACUGCGUGUUGGGCUCCGACAAAGCUUCAGACCAUGAUACGUCUUCUAUGGCACCGCAGGGUUCUAGAUUUGAUGUAAAUGGCAGAUUCAAUGGCCUACACUCCACAACCGAAGAGAGGCUUUGUCAAAGCACAGCUCGUGAGGGUUUUACCCGGAUGUCAAGUACUGGUUACAACCCUUAUGGUGUAGAGGAGAACCGGAGCACAGGAUCUUUUGUGGGAGAAGCUACCCUGCACAACCAUUUUUUGCAUCCACAACAUGUUAGGGGUUACAUAGACAACCCGUUUAUGAUUUUUCCUCCUGUAAACCCAAUGAAUGCAUUAGAUCCAUUCAAUCAAGGUUUUAACUUCUUCCAGACAGGAAAUUUGCCCCCUUACGGUGUACCAGAUGUCCGUCAUGAUGUAAACAUGCAUUAUUUAGGUGCCAUGGGGAACUGGGGAUAUGGAUAUGGAAGAACUAUGGAUUUUACCAAUGUAGAGAGAAAUAAACAGCACAUGAAAGAAGCAGCUUACUUGUCAACAGACUACAGUAAUGACUGCAUAAGGCAAACAUGUUUAUCUCAGGCGUAUGAGCAAAAGCCUCCAAUCCCCUUGUCACCAAGACUAUCCUUGAGAGGGUUUCGCAAGAAAAAGCUUCUUAUUCUAGAUCUCAAUGGUUUGCUUGCCGACAUCAAUCAAGAUUACCACAAUGCUCAUAUGGCUGAUGCAAAGGUUCGAGGCAAACUAGUCUUCCGAAGACCUUACUGCCACGAUUUUCUUAGUUUUUGCUUACAAAAUUUUGACCUAGGCAUAUGGUCCUCAAGAAAAAGGCAAAAUGUUGAUUCAGUCAUUGAUAUCAUCAUGAGAGAUUUCAAACCUUCCCUACUAUUUUGUUGGGACAUGUCUAAAUGCACAUUUACUGGACAAAAAACAUUGGAGAACAUUCACAAACCACUGGUACUGAAGGAAUUGAGGAAACUGUGGAACAAGGAAGAACCUGAUCUACCAUGGGAGGAGGGGGACUAUUCACCCUCUAAUACACUACUUGUGGAUGAUUCUCCUUACAAGGCUCUGCGCAAUCCGCCAUAUACUGCCAUUUUCCCUCGCCCCUACAGUUAUCUUGAUUGCAAAGAUAGUUCAUUGGGUCCUGGUGGAGAUCUUCGUGUUUAUCUGGAGAAACUCGCUGUUGCAGAAGAUGUUGAGUGCUACGUUCGCAACAAUCCAUUUGGCCAACCUUUCAUCACACAGAGUGAUCCAAACUGGAGCUUCUAUGCUCAAAUAGCUAACUAGUGACUCUAUUUCCUGGAUUGUAGGAUUGUUAGUUCUCUGAUUCUUUUCCUGUCCAUGGGAGGUAUUUGCGAGGUGUAGGUAUUGUAGUGUUACUUAAAAGGUUUUUACAUUCUUGGUAGAGGUAUAUAACAUGAUUAACACUACUGUAUACCUCUAGCUCUUAAUAUUUCCCAAGGACCAAGUUCUCCAGUCGAUAUGGGAAUUUUCACUGCAGCUUGUAUCGAUCUUAUGGCGGUAGUUCUGACUCCAGACCAAGCGGAAAUUUAUACUUUGUUAUUGUACCAUACCACCAUUGUAUGCACUACUUUUAAAAGCAUAUUGGAAAAAGAAAUCAGUUUAACGAAUAUCA